AUGGAAACACUCAUCCUCCGAAAACACCCAUCCUCCGAAAACACUCAUCCCCCGGAAAAACUAAUCCCCGAGAAACACUCUUCCCAUGGAAACACUCAUCCCAGGGAAACACUCAUCCCCCGGAAACACUCAUCUCACGGAAACACCCAUUUCAAGGAAACAUUAAUCCCAUGGAACACUCAUCCUCCGAAAACACUCAUCCCAAGGAAACACUCAUCCCAAGGACAUACUCAUCCCACGGAAACACUCAUCCCCCGGAAACACUCUUCCCACGGAAACACUCAUCCCCGGGGAACAUUCAUACCACGGAACCACUCAUCCCAGGGAAACACUCAUCCCCCGGAAACACUCAUCCCAAGGACAUACUCAUCCCACGGAAACACUCAUCCCCCGGAAAAACUAAUCCCCGGGAAACACUCAUCCCCGGGGAACAUUCAUACCACGGAACCACUCAUCCCAGGGAAACACUCAUCCCCCGGAAACACUCUUCCCACGGAAACACUCAUCCCAAGGACAUACUCAUCCCACGGAAACACUCAUCCCCCGGAAAAACUAAUCCCCGGGAAACACUCAUCCCCGGGGAACAUUCAUACCACGGAACCACUCAUCCCAGGGAAACACUCAUCCCAGGGGAACACUCAUCCCCCGGAAACACUCAUCCCAAGGACAUACUCAUCCCACGGAAACACUCAUCCCCCGGAAAAACUAAUCCCCGGGAAACACUCAUCCUCGGGGAACAUUCAUACCACGGAACCACUCAUCCCAUGGAAACACUCAUCCCAAGGAAGCACUGAUCCCACGAAAACACUCAUCCCCCGGAAACACUCAUCCCCCCGAAAACACUCAUCUCACGAAAACAUCUCAAGGAAACACUUAUCCAAAUGA